AGGCUCAAUGGCUGUCAUCUGUCAGAGGAAUGCUGUGAAGCUCUGGCCUCAGUUCUCAGCUCCAACUCCUCUAGUCUGAAAAAGCUGGACCUGAGUACCAAUGAUCUGCAGGAUUCAGGAGUGAAGCUGCUCUCUGCUGGACUGGGGAGUCCACACUGUACACUGGAAACUCUCAGCUUGUCUGGCUGCGUGGUCACACAGGAAGGCUGUGCUUCUCUGGCCUCAGCUCUGAGCUCCAACCCCUCCCAUCUGAGAGUGCUGGACUUGAGCUACAAUCACCCAGGAGACUCUGGAGCUGCGCAGCUCUCUGCUGGACUGGAGGAUCCACGCUGGAGACUGGACACUCUCAGUGUGGAGCACGGUGGAGUGUGGAGGCUGAAACCAGCUCUAAAGAAGUAUGCCUGUGACCUCACACUGGACCCCAACACGGCCCACAGAGGACUCUCUCUGUCUGAGGACAACAGGAAGGUGACGUGGGUUGGAGAGGACCAGUCGUAUCCGGAUCACCCAGACAGAUUUGACUCCUGGCCCCAGGUGUUGGGUAGAGAGGCUCUGACUGGCCGCUGUUACUGGGAGGUAGAGUGGGAAGGAGGGGUUAGUAUAGGAGUGACAUACAGAGGAAUCACAAGGAGAGGAGGGGGUGAUGACAGCAGGCUUGGACUGAACAACAAGUCCUGGGGUCUUCAUUGUUCUGAUGGUCGUUACUCUGCCUGGUACAACGGUAGACAGACAGUCCUCCCUCUCCGCCCCGCUGGCUCCACCAGAGUAGGAGUGUAUCUGGACCGGCCUGCUGGCUCUCUGUCCUUCUACAGAGUGUCCCCAGGUGGAGGAGGGUCCUCAGACACACUGACACACCUCCUCACCUUCUGGUCCUCCUUCACCCAGGAGGACCUCCUCCCGGGGGUGGUGGUCUGGGGGGGGGGGCCGGGGAGCAGCGUCUCUGUGUCGGUUAUAGACACACACAGGACCUCCUCCCGGGGGUCCGGGUACUGGGACUGGAGGGACUGGAACUGGGGGUCCUGUGCUGGCAGCACAACACAGCAAUAA